UGGUAAGCGCGUGGGAACAGUUUAAGUAGGGCGGAAGGAGACGACUUGCUUGAACCAUCAUUAUUUGCUCAGCGGCAAGGCACUCUUCUGUCUUCUCCAUCCUUUCCAGUUUCCAGGAGCACCAUCUCUCCAAGUCUCACGGUCUUCUCCAGUUUUUCAGAAGAUUCAGCAACACAACUCAACUGUGAAGGCACCCUGGCACUCUGGGGAAGACAAACAGAUGUUUGAUACCAUGUGAAAGUGCUUUUGAAGUCUGGAUUCUGCUUAAAAGAAAAUGGACGACGAGUCUUGUAGAUAUGAUAAGCUGGAGCGCAUGUUACAGGAUGGACGGUCAGAACCACGCAAUCUACGUCUACCACUAGAAUUUCUGAAAAAGAUCACAAACAACUUCUGUGACUCUAACGACUGGCGACUUGGUGAAGGUGGUUUUGGCACCGUGUACAAGGGAGUGCUACAAAAUGGGGAAAUAAUUGCAGUGAAGAAACUUUACUCGUCAAUACCAGGAGUUAAGGAUAGGCAAUUUGAGAAUGAAGCCAAUCAUCUUAUGAGGCUAAAACACCCAAAUGUAGUUCGACUUGUAGGCUGGUGUUAUGAAACAGAGGAUGUAUAUGUAGAGUACGGCGGGAAAUACAUCUGUGCUGAGAAGUCAGAAAGGUUGCUUUGCUUGGAGUAUAUGCCUAAUGGAAGCCUUCGUGGCUAUCUUUCAGAUGAAAUUUCCGGACUCGGUUGGGGACCACGCUACAAAAUAAUCAAGGGUAUUUGUAAUGGUUUACUUCAUCUCCACGUAGAAUAUGGUGCCCCUAUUAUUCACAUGGAUCUGAAACCUGCAAACAUAUUGCUCGACAAAAAUAUGGUGCCAAAAAUCGCAGACUUCGGCUUGUCAAGACUCUUCAGUGAGGAGAAAACUUGGACAUGCACGACAAGUCGUGAUGGAACAUUGGGUUACAUGGCCCCAGAGUAUAUAAACAGAGGUCGGAUCUCAACAAAGUCAGACAUAUUCAGCUUGGGUGUAAUAAUUAUAGAGAUAGUGACGGGACACAGGGACUACCCAGAUGAUACUGUAGCAUCUUCCUAUGAUUUUAUUUUGAAGGUACUCAAUAAUUGGAGUAAGAGAAACUGUCCGGAAACAUCAGUAGUUGAUUGCCCACAAAUAAAAAAAUGCCUUGAGAUAGGUCUAGCCUGUGUGCAUUUUGAUUGGUCCCAAAGGCCAGAAAUAAUCGACAUUAUCAUGAUGCUUGACAAACAAGAGACGAAUUUUCCCACGAGAUUCUUUCAGGGGAGAUUCAACGCAGCACAUUACACGACAUCAACAGAGCAGGAAUCUCAAUCUAGAAAGAGAUGCUUAGAAGGUCUAAGUUUUGGCGAAACGGACUUGAUGGAAAAGCCAGCAAAACAAAUGCGUGGUUUCUUAACCGCCACGGCCUUCAUCGUCCGGCACCAGCGGACUCGGAGGAUUCGGGUUCUCAUUACGGCUGUGGUCUUCAGUAUCCGGUUGCAGGCGGACGAGGAUUCAAAUCGGAAGCAACAAAUUAGUACCUUCGUCGAGACGCAAUACCUCGCUCGCCGCUCACACACAGCUCGGCUGCCGCCGGCCACCAUGGAGGUGCGGAGCCCCUGCGGCAGUGCUGCCUAGCGCACAGUGGCUGCUCGCCGAUCGGGACGCAGAGUCCCUGCAGCCUGCAGGCCUAGCACUUGGCGUCCGCUGGCGACUCUUCUCCGGCAGCUGUCCAGGCAGUGCUGCUGCGUCAGGGGCAAGAUGGCCGGCCGGCUGGCCGGGUAGCAGGCGCAAGGCAAGGCAGCGGCAGGUAGCUGGGCAAGACAGGCAGGAGAUGGCGCGGCGCUGGUGGGGAUCGGGAGACUGGAGGCAGGUCAGAGCGGGGCACUGGUCUGGAGCAUGGUUUUUGGGCCGCAUGAGCUUGUGUGGGCCGGCGGGGGGAGCUGGGCUGCUAGAUUUUUGGGCCAAAAUAGAGAUUGGGACACCUGAAGCCUGUUUUGUUGUAUUAUUUUUGUUUUUUUCAAUCAAAUACAUAGGAUAGACUAUAUAUAUAAACUUUUUGAUAAAAAAUAAUGGGUAUUCAAUUGAAUACCCUU